GGGUUAAGGCGCAGGCGCGCUCAGGCCUUGGAGACGAAUUGGGAAGCUGAGUGCAAUCAGAAGCCGGCGUUAUGGCGGAGACAGAUCCCAAAACUGUACAGGACCUGACCGCUGUGGUUCAGACACUUCUGCAGCAGAUGCAGGACAAGUUUCAGACCAUGUCAGACCAGAUAAUUGGACGAAUUGAUGAUAUGAGUAGUCGAAUUGAUGAUCUGGAGAAAAACAUUGCUGACCUUAUGACCCAAGCAGGGGUGGAAGAAAUAGAAGGGGAAAACAAAGUACCUGCUACACGUAAUAGUUAAAGAAAAUUCACACCAAGCAAGUGUUUACACAGAGAUCAGAAGAAGCAAUAUAAAAACACACAAAGUCUCCCUGAAGAACUUUAGAAUCGAUUGUGAGACAUGAGAAAACAUUGGUACAGGAUGGCGCAGCAUGACAAACCUACAUCAAAGAAGAUGCUAUGUUUAUGUUGUCAUCUUCUAAUUUUAUAUCUUGAUCUUCCCUGUCACAAUAAUAGCUUUUUAAUGGUCAGGUUAUUUUGUCAUUAUUGUUGUUGCUUGCUCAUUUUUUCCAGACUUUCUCAACUUUUAACUUUAUGUUAAAUAAUGGCUCUGUUUCCUGAGUUGGGUCAGAGCCACAGAAGCAAGAUUUAGGCUUUUGUCCAUUUUCAAAGCUAAUUCUGAGGUCUGUAAAUUUUCAGUACUUCCAAGGUGGUGUGAUCUGAGGAGAGGUAUGGUAACUGUCCUCCUGGUCUGAGCCCUGGCCUUUACCCAGAAAGAGCCCCUGUUCUCCAGAAACUACAAGCAUUAGUAUUCCUCAGCUCUGAAAAUGUGACUGAACCCUUCUUCCCUUGUAGUUGCAAGUGGUAUUGCCUCACUCUGCUUCAGAAUUAUUAUCUGCAAUGCAUAUGGACAAUUCCACAAGGUCUUGGGAUCAGUACCAGCUUAAGAUGCCCUAUAAUCUCUUUCUGACCAAUUGUCUGAUGUGGUGUUUUUCUUCUUUAAAAUAUAUUAAUGGUUCUCUCUGGGAGCAGGUUUCUUGGGGAGAUUUUCUGGAGGCAGCCUUCGUUUCAGUUAAUAAGUAAUACUCACCCAAAAUGCAGCCAGCUGAUAAAAUGCAAAUGUUUAUUUUCUCCUUCCAAAAUAGCCCGGUUACUUUUUCUUAGUGGCCUCUCUUUCUGCCUGGUUCCAAGAGCUCUUUCAGCUUGUCCUUUGCCUCUGCUUUCUUUAGCCUCCAGUCAGCACAAAGGUGAAAUGAAUCUGACUUGCCUUCGAGAGUGGGCUUGUGGGCUUCCUCCCUGAGUGCUCCUCUCUCAAUCUAAUUCAGCUGAAUUCCCUUGACUGGGCUUAUAUAUGAUCUCUUCUGAGAGAAUGAGAUUAUGGGUUUUCUCCCAUAGUGCUCUCUGGGCCUAAGAGCUUCAAGGGAGAUGUGAAUUCACAAAGUUACAAAGUUUUUUGUGAAUCUCCCAUACUUGUGAACUCCAAUGAGUACUUAAAUACUUCUUGCUUAUAUGAGCUCUCUAAAGGUGUGAAAACAAGCAUUGUAUCAAUUAGUUCUACUUAGUACCUUGUUUCAGGUUCUGGCCCAAAACAUCUCCUUGUAAGAUCAGAUCAAUGAUACUGAACCAUGCUAAAUUAGAUAAUUAUUGUCUCUAUCAACUCUAAUGACUUAACAAUUUGUAAAGAUUCCAACUUUCUGGGAGUUCCUGAAGUUUCUGGAGCUACUUACCAAAGUGAACACAGAAACAUUGACCCUCUGGGUUCCCCAAGGCCUGACAUACUAGAUGAGAUUGAAGAGUUGUUAAGGUGGUUCAGUGUAUUUUGUGGUUGGUAAUUUUUAAUUCAGAAGGCCUGACACUAGGGGCACUUAGCCUUUCUCCUCCUGGUUUUCUUCAGCCUUGGAGGAGCUUACGGGAUCCAGCUAGAGCUUUGUCUUUUCAGGAAGCCUUCUUGGACACUGCUGUCCACACCUCACUUUCUCCCUAUCUGCUUCACUUAGAGACUGGCUAUCUUUCAAAUUAAUCAACAAGUAUUUGUGCUUUGUUUUGCAAAUGGCUGAUGUUUUGCUUAGCACUUGGGAUACAAAGACAAAAUUAAAAGUCCCUGCUCUCAAGGAACUUAUUUUCUAAUGGAGGAUAUGAUAUAUUCUAUAUAUGAGAUACUCCAGGUAAGUUUAGAGUAGAAGGCGUUAGCAACCGGGGUAAAGGUAAGUGGAAACAGGGGAGAGUAAAGAGAAGAAAGGUCUACCUCAGAAGAAUUUUACAUGCCAGAGAAUAUAAUAUUUCAACCUAGAUAUUAUGAUAGAGAACUACUGGAGAUUUUAGGCAGUAGAUUGCCUUUAGUGUUACUUUUCCCCCUCAUUUUAUUCACCUUAUAUAUGUGACAGGCCCUGCAACUUUUAUUUCUACAAUCCAAUAGCUUUAAUAUUUGUCAACUUUUGUUUAAUUGAAUGGAGCAGAAAAUAAAUGAUUCUCUCCUUAAGCCUUGUGUGCCUGUUUUUGAAGGCCAGUCCCUCUUUCUUUACCCAUCCAUAACUCCUGGAAUUUAAAAAUCUGAGAAAAGUAAGAAAUCAAGACUGUAUGAUAUUUAAAAUAGCUUUCAGAAAAGAAUGCUAAUUUUGAAGCUCUGGGUUCAAAUUCUAUCUCUUCCUCUGGGCUUCAGUUUUCUCAUCAAUAAAAUGAGUUAGGAAGGUAGAUUGAAAUGGAGGAUUUUCAAGGUCUCUCUUACCUCUACAUUGUAUUGUUUAUAAUGGUACUUCCUCUUUUUCCCUUACAACUUGUAGAUUUAAGUUGCUAAUGUGAGGAAUGGAGAGAUAAGGUGAAGAACUUACAGGAACAUUUAAAUUUUUUUUUCUGUAUUUUUUUUAUUAUUUCUAUAUCUCUGUGACUUACAUAAGUACAGUGUGUGUGCAAGCCAAUAUUUACUUAAAACUUUAGAUAUAUUUGAUUAACUAGAAAUGAUGACAUUUAUCCUUGUUCAAUGUUAUCAAUAUUUAGACUAUUAAUUUAAAUGAUGUCAGCUCAGUAAUCUGAAGUUUGAAGGUCUGAUUUCUCUCAGAAUCAGGGAAACAAAGCAUUCCAUUCUAAUCUGCCUUUGGCACUAAUGUUUAACAUUCAAUUAGGGGAGAGGGCACCUAUUUCUCAAUGCUCCCCAACUUAUAAUGUAACCUUCCAUUCCAAUCUUUCCGAAUAGCAACAACCAAUUAGAUGCCUCCCCCUCCCCUUCUCAAUGCUCCCUUACUUGUGAUGUAAUCUCUUGUAUAAAAGCUAUAUAUCUUAACUACUUCUUUAGCCCUCCUACCAUGAGCUUUCUCUUUCUUAUCUUGUGAUGGGACAGCUCAUCCUCCAGAGGUUUUCAAUAAACAACUUUUCUGCUUUUUUUACUAAA